UGGAAGGUGAGGCCCCUCCAUCAUCACUCCACUCAGCCACCUCCGAGGACCUCCUGAGAGUAUUCUGCUGUUGCUCCUUCUGCGUCUCCUUCGCACAAACCCACAAGACUCACCAUGAGGACCCAAACCCCGACUCUCCUGGCGAUGGUGCUGCUGGGGAUGCUUGCCGUGGACAGCCGCGCUCAGACCAGCGAGGACGCCAACUGCAUCGCCGACAUGAUCUCCCAGGCCGGCGUUGCUCGUCAGGCUCGGGCGAUGGUGCCGAUGGUGCUGCGGAUAUUGGAGCAGUUCAAGAGCCGCGGUGGACCCACGAAGGCGGUGGAGAAGAUGAGCAACAUGUUAAGGAUGUGUACAUGCUCAGGAGAACUCCCGAAGGCUACAAACGCCGAGCUUUGCCAGUGUACUCAGGAGAUGAAGGACUGUGACGUGAUGCACAGACCCAACAGUACCACCGCCCCAGAGGACGUCCAGGCCAGAUUCAUCGACUUUAUGGACUGCAUGGGAAAUACGAGACUGGUUAGCGCCAUAGCCUGCCAGGAGAGGUUGAUAUCGAACCCUGUCCAGAUGGUGUGUGAGGCCCAAGAGGUGACCUGCCAGUAAGAUGCCUGCCUGCCUGCCUGCCUCCCAACGCCCUUACCUAACCUUUUUCCCCUCUCUUUAGUUUUCUGUAUUGCCUAGUUUUCCAAUGUGCAACAUUAGCCAUGUCUAUUUUCAUUCUUUUCAAUCUUGUUCUCAUUUGUCUUUUGCUUUACUCCAUUUUUUCUCAUUUUGUUGUUUAUAGAUCUCUUAGUCUUUUUUUUCAAUCCUCGGUUUGAAAUAUUCGUUCCACCUCUCAACCUUGCUAUAUCUAUCUCCACCUCACUAUCUGUUUAUUAUUUUUCUUUCGUUUAGUCAUCUACUUCACUGUUAUUUUUUAUUUGAUUCUCGGGUAGAAAUAUUCGUUCUUCCUCUUUAUCUUCCUAUAUCUAUCUCCCUAUCUAUCUAAUUCCUCCCAAUCUUUCUCCAGUUUCAUUCCUUUUUCUUUCAUAUUUACCUCAGUUAGUCCAAGUCCGUCCCCGGUUCGACCCCAGUCCCCAGUUCCGCCUCCAUCGUGCAUUCUUUAGCCCUGUGUUGUCUUUACUUUUGAUUUAUUCUUUGGUUUGUCUAAUAAAUCUUCAAGGGUCA